AUGACUAAUGAAAGUUCUUCCAAAUUGGCAUUAAAAGGUUCAUCCAAAAUUGUAAGUGAUUAUUUUGAAUUUGCUAUAAAUAGUAUUUUAUUUCAAAGAGGGAUAUAUCCUGCUGAAGAUUUUAUUACCGUACGAAAAUAUGAUAUACCAAUGUUAAUGAGUAAUGAUGAUGAUGUUAAACAAUAUAUAAACAAUAUUAUGCUCCAAAUAAAGAAAUGGAUUUAUGGUAAAAAGAUAUUAAAAUUGGUAUUGGUUAUUGUUUCGAAAUCAACUCUUGAAUUGGUUGAACGUUGGGAAUUUAAUAUUGAUAUCUUAUCAAAUGAUGAAGAAGAACAAGAAGGUGGUAGUGAAGGUAAAGGUAAACCUCGUGAUGAAAUUCAAAAGGAGAUUAGAGUAAUCAUUAGACAAAUCACAUCUCUGGUUUCAUAUUUACCUGUUUUAAAAGAUGAUGACUAUACGUUUAAUGUAUUGGUAUAUACAGAUCCAACAACAAGUAUACCAAUAGAAUGGUGUGAUGCUGAAGGUGAUGGUAAAAUAUUACAAGGAGAGAAUGUUGAUAAUGUAAACUUUUCAUCAUUUAGUACAAAUAUACAUCAAGUGGGAACUGCGGUAAGUUAUAAAGUUGAUAUUUAG